AUGGAUAGAUGUAGAUGGUGGAUGGUGGAUUGGUGGAUGGUAGAUGGUAGAUGGAUAGAGAGUGGAUGGUGGAUGAUGGAUGGGGGAUGGAUGGAUGGUGGAUGGUGGAUGAUGGAUGGUAGAUGGAUGGAUGUUGGAUGGAUAGAUAGAUGGAUGGAUGGAGGAUGGAUGGUGGAAGGAUGGAUGGUGGAUGGUGGAUGGAUGGUGGAUGGAUAG